GUUGUCGCUGGGGUGAGAUGUGUUGUGUAAAGUGUUUCGUACUCGCGUAAUGUGAUAUAAAAAUGGAUAUUCUCUUGUCAUGUGUAUUAUUGGCAGCAGUGAUAGCACUGCAAGGCCCAGUGGCAGUGGUCGGGGACGGCAAAUGUACCUACACUCGGGAGUUCAAGAUGCUGGGAGCAAACUGCUUCAACCAGAACUUCGAGGAAAUACCUCAGAACCUGAAUAAAGACAUUGAGAUUUUGUACGCAGCAAAGAAUCGGAUACGCAAGAUUACCAACUCCAGUCUGCGGGAUUAUACAUCUCUGAAACUUCUCUACCUUGGGGACAACCUCAUCACCAAGAUUGAACCCGGGGCCUUCAGUGAACUUACAGACCUUGAGGUUCUAGACUUGAGUCUGAACGCAGUCCACACUCUCCCCACAGACCUACCGCUGCCGUUACGCAAGCUUUACCUGGCAGACAACAUCGUGCUGCAGAACAUAUCUCUGACGGCUGCCUUCAACCUGGCCUACCUCAACAUGGCCGGCUGUGAACUGCGUCAUUUUCCUUCCCUCGGGACCCUGCCCAACCUCAAGGAGUUGAACCUGACCAGUAACCCAUUGGAGUCAGUGACACCUGCUGACCUAGCGCCACUGUGCCGCCUGGAGAAGCUGUACUUGCCGCCUACCUUGUACCACCUGCCAGGCGUCACCACUCAGUGCCAAUGUCACCGCCUGCUUACCUGGACCUCUCAGCGGUACAUCGCUCUGCCUGGCUUCAACUGCACGGCUCUCGACGACCCAGACGCUGCGGCUUGCAAUGUGGAUAUGACAGAGGAGAUGAAGAUAUUCAAGACUUGUCUGGUGGCCACCCCGGCAUCAACCACUCGUUAUUUGCUGAUAGGUGUGUUGAUAGGGGCUCUAGUGGCUGCCUUUGUCAUCGUUGUGUGCUGGUGGCGCAAGAGCAGAAGGAAAAAGAACUCUGUGCAGGACCAGAAACGAUCAGAAAAGACCAAGAACGCUAAAUCUGUGGACACGCUGAUAACGUGAUCUAUUUUUCCACGACAGCAACGACCUUCCUUAGCGUAAGCGAUUUUAUCUCAUCCCCAGAGUUUCAAGUUUUAAGGAGAUGCCAAAGUAAAACUUUGAAUAUCAGUGAUAACUGAUUUCAUCCAAAAUGUUUUAGAUGUGUAAUUUGUAGAUGAGUUUUAGGUUUUGAUAAGCAGGUUUACUUGUUACUCGAGGUUUAGUUGGGAAGUUCAUCGAGUGUUGUUCUUUGUGAACAAGUAUGGUAUCAAAAGUUUGUUUGGAAUGGUUUGAAGGUAGUUUUCCAGAUUACUGCUUCUUCCAUUCUAUCUUAUGAAAGGUUUUGAAGUUUGUAACAAUGGAAGGAAUAGGAUAAAGAGUAUUUGACAGACAGGGUUGCCACAGACUGGGAAUUCUGGGAAAACUGGGAAUUAUGUGAGAGUUUUGUAAUAUCUUUGAAGGGAAACCUGAUUUUAGUCUGUGGUCACGGCAAAAUUGUGAAAGUUUUCAGUGGUCAUGUUAAAAUCGUGAACAUCUUUUGAGGUGACUACAAAAUUGUAUACAUCUGCGUCACAGUGACAUCAUUGUGUCUCCCACGAUCGCAGAAAAAUUGUAAAUUUUCGAUCUCACAUCUUCGCAAACGCUUUCUGUGUUUGCUUUUCUCUUUGCUUUUCUGUCCGCGCUCAACUGCUUCGGCUUGGCAUGACUCAACCUGACUCAAAAAUAUCAUAAACCUGCAGACCCCAAGUAAAAUGUAGACCUAAAUCACAACUGAGAAAGCCCUGAAUUUUUUCAGGGAGGUUUGUGGCCACCCUGGUCUAGUAAAAGUAUCUCUUAAUUAUUUUAAAAAAGUAAUUUAAAUUGCUCUUCCAAACAAAUACAGUAGAAGGAAUGUGGUACACAAGUAAAUUACGCAAGGAAAGAGUUCCACUGGUUUAAAGCACACUGGAAGUUCACAACACAACAAGACUAACUCAAUAUUUCGCACCUACAAGGAGACUUAUUUUAAAAGAGAGUAGGAGAACGGAUUAUUGUAGAAUUAUUGUAGAUAGGAGCGGGAAUAUCAAGUUACUGUAAUUAAUUGUGUUGUCUACUUCCUGUGUGCUUUAAUCUGAUUGGAACUAUUUUUUUGGGUAAAUUAGUUGUGUAUCCAUUCCUUCUUCGUUGCAUUCCUUAGACAAGUGAUUUUUCCUCCAAAAAAACUCUUCCAAACAAAUGUAAAACUUAAUAAAAAUCACAAUGUAUUUAUUUUGCCAAUUUUCUAAGAUGCUCAAUCUUGAGCCAGUAGGAGAUGUAGCAAAAUUAAAAUCUUCUAUUAUAAAAGUAACUUAGUUAAACUCCCAACGCAAGCAGUUACUUAAAAUUUGCAAACUAUUGAUUUUGAAAUAAUUUGAAACCAUCAAGUCAUUCUUACUUUGAUACCAUAAUCAAAGGUAAGUAUUGAUUGUUUUCAAGUCGAUAAGACCACUUAGAAAUCGUAAGUGAUGAAAUAUAUAACAUUAAAAAUACAUUAUUUUCCAUUCCCCUGCUUAUUCUAUACUGUUAAUUUUAAAAUAAAUUAACAUCUAUUAUUAAAACCACUGUUAUUAACUGUACUUACUGAGUUUAGACUGUUUUCAACCUUGUACUUAAUCAAUGCAUUUAUUUUUUACAUCUAUUUUAGGUAGUGUUCUGGUACAAUAAUAAUGAACUUUUCUCUCGUCAUAGUCUAUUUAUUCUUGGUGAUAACCUCGAACAAAUGUUGUUAUUAAUACAUGGGUAAGUGUAUAUAUAUAUUGUUGUAUUUAUCGUUGUUUCACUUGUAUGUUGGAUACUAACAACUUGGAACGUGUCAGGAGCUUGUUGUGAACAAGGUAGCAGUUUGUAUGUUUAAAAAACAUGUGAUAGUUUGCCUUGCGUGGGGUAAAUGGCUGUGCAUUUAUUUACUUCUUGUAGAAUAGCUCUCUAUUUAUAUACUAUCUCUUUCCUGCUGUUUAUUAAAUGUCUGUAAAGCCGCGUUUACGUGAGGCCAGUAGGUAGGCAGACAGGUUGCCUGAGGUAAAAUGGCUACUGGCCUUGUGUAAACACGGCUUUAGUGUAAAUAAUUGUAAAAGGUUUGGGUACAAUUCAGUUGGUUAAACAGUCGCAAAGUAAAUCUUAGAGGUUUUCUGCUACUAGUCGUUUAUAUAAUUUGUUAUAGCACUAUCGUAAACUUUCUUCCUUUAUCAUGGAUAUUAUUUAAUUCCACUCAAGCAAAACAAAUGAGCUAUGUAACUCAAAACUAAUUUUUGAGAAAAUGGGUUAUUCUUGUGAUAAAUAGUAUCUUGUGUUUUAAUUAUUUAAUAACUGUACCAAUGGUUUGACUCUAUUUGGUUAGUUCCGUAAUUCAGUUUAAAUCAGUUUACACAGCUGAAUUUUCUUUUGAUUUUGAAGAGUUCAGUUGUAUCAAAUUGUCUUACCGAAGAGGAGAAAAUAGGGUCUUGGUUUUGAAUCCUUGCAAGUUUGUAUUCAUAUAAUAUAGUUUUUAUAUUCAUUAGUUAAAAAUAAACAUUUGUUUUCUUUUACUGUUGACAUUACAAAGAGUAAUUUCUUUUCCAGCCUACAUUCUUGUUUCCUUUUUUUCUUUUUUGUAUAUAUGACUCAUGAUACGUUUUUACCCCUGCAGUAGUAAAAAAAAAUAUGAGCGGAGUUAAACCUUAGGAUUUUUACGCAGAUGUGUGAUACAGUAUUUAAAAUCGUUUGUGUGGCAAAAUGUUAUAGAAUUUUGAAAAUAAGCCAAUGGAAAGUAAUUAACUAGGAAUUUAAAUCCUGAUAAAUGUUUACUUUUUGGUUGCAUUAUAAGGAGUUCCCAGGUAAAUUUAUAAUUAUCAUUAUUAUUUUAAAUACUAACACUUGAAUUCAACAGUGGGAAACAUUUUGAAAUGGUAUAUUUAUAUUGGUAAUGAUUAAUUGUUUACAAAUUACUUGGAAUUGAAUGUUAGAAAAUGCAGGGAGUUGGCCUGUAUGUUAUUGUAUUUAACAUUGUUUCUUCUUUCCACUGCUUCUAUAUUGUAAAACGUAUUACAACAUACUCUGUUAAAAGAUCAUAAAAAAAUCCAAUUUUGUGUAACCUGUUUUGUGUGUUAGGUUUGAGAGAAAAUGUAAAUAUAAUUUUUAUGUAAUUUAUUUUUAUACGUUAGUUUUGUAAAAAUUAUUGUAGCUAAUUUAGUAGUAACGCAAUUCAUAUAAUUUAAUUUUUUCAUAAAUUUACAAAGGGAUGUCGUAGUACUGGAGAAAGCAUUUAUACAGUAUACACAGUCACAGUAUUAAAUAAACUGUAUAGGUCUACUGUCAUUUCUUUUGUACAUAUAUACUGUUACAGUAAUAGGUAUUUAUUCCGUGAGUCUUUUCAUUUUAUUUCUAGUUACGUAAGUGCAAUAAUCUUUAAAAACAGUUAACAUAUGUUUUCAAUAGAAAUGUUCAGAUAUUCCAACAAACUUCCUUGUGUGCCAUGACUAAUAUUGAGCAAGGCUAAAGUCUUGUCAACAUUGGUCUCUAAAUAGAGAUAAUACUUGUUACGGUGUAAAGUCUGUUACAUUUUAAAAUACAUUUAACGUUUCUAAUAUGCCAAUUAUUUGUUAAUCAAAGUUCACAUCUUUGUAUUCUCUGUAAGUCUUUAAAAUGAAAUAAAGAUACUUUC